GUUUGAGGCGGAGGGAAGAUUCAAAAUUGGACCAACAGAAACGGUGAAACCGAAACAGGCAGCACGAAACCAUGAACAGACAAGCGAAGGCUAAAACGCCCCGCAGGCCUCCUCCAAAAAAGCCUCCCAACAGCCAGAAAGACCCGGUUGGGGUGUACUGCCGUGUACGGCCUCUGGGUGCGGAGGACGAGGAGUGCUGCAUCGAGGUGAUCAGCAGCACCACCAUCCAGCUGCACGCCCCCGAGGGCUUCAAAACCAACCGCAAUGGAGAAUAUAAAGAGACACAGUACUCCUUUAAAAAGGUCUUUGGAGUUUCAGUAUCUCAGAUGGAGCUCUUUGAGUUUGUGGCCAAACCUCUUGUCGACGACCUCAUUCGUGGAAAAAAUGGCCUCCUCUUUACAUACGGGGUGACAGGCAGUGGGAAGACAUUUACCAUGACUGGCUCUCCAGGCCAGGGAGGGCUUCUACCUCGCUCCCUCAACAUGAUCUUCAACAGUAUUGGUCCCUACCAGGCCAAAAGAUAUAUUUUUAAGACGGACGAUAAAAAUGGUAUGGAGGUUCAGAAUGACGUUGACGCGUUGUUGGAGCGCCAACGGCGGGAAAACAACUUGAUUGUUCCUAAGACGCCUUCCUCCAGACAAAAGCUUGAUCCUGAAAUUGCCGACAUGAUUAAGCCAGACGAGGCUUGUAAAGCAGAUGGUGUGGAUGAGGACAGCAGUUACAGCAUCUUUGUCUCCUACAUUGAAAUCUACAACAACUACAUCUAUGAUCUCUUGGAAGAAACUCAGGAAGAUGCAAUCAAGCCAAAGUGGAAUGGUGGAGGCACACCUGUGCGCCAGAACACUGAGUUCAUACCGCCUCAGUCUAAAAUCCUCAGGGAGGAUCAGAAUCACAACAUGUAUGUGGCUGGUUGUAUGGAGGUUGAAGUCAAGUCUGCUGAGGAGGCUUUCCAGGUGUUCUGGAGAGGUCAAAAGAAGAGAAAGGUCGCCAACACCCGUCUAAACAGAGAGUCCAGUCGCUCACACAGUGUGUUCAUUAUUAAACUGGCUCAGGCUCCUCUUGACGCAGAUGGUGACAACAUUCUCCAGGAUAAGAACCAGGUGAGUGUUAGUCAGCUGUGCCUGGUGGACUUGGCUGGUAGUGAGCGCACUGGCAGGACAGGAGCAGAAGGCACUCGUAUACGGGAAGCAGGUAACAUUAACCAGUCUUUGCUGAAUCUGCGGACGUGCAUCGAGAUACUUCGAGAGAACCAAAUGUGUGGCACAAACAGGAUGGUCCCCUACAGAGACUCCAAAGUAACCCACCUGUUUAAAAACUACUUUGACGGAGAAGGAAAAGUCAGGAUGGUUGUUUGUGUGAAUCCCAAGGCUGAUGAUUACGAGGAAACCUUGCUGGUGAUGCGGUUUGCAGAGAUGACCCAGGAGGUGGAGGUAGCUCGGCCAGUGGACCGGCCCAUCUGUGGCUUCACUCCAGGCCGUCGUCAUAGAAACCAGGCAUUUAAAGACGAGCUGUCUCGCAGGCUGGAGGAGCGUGGUGGUCCGGUAGAAAAGGAUGUGCCCUCUGUUAUAAACUACCUGGUGCACAGCCUCCCACCUCUACCCUCCUCUGAGCUCACUGACCCACAUGAUGACAUCACCCUGCCAAGACUGAUUGAAGCUCUGGAAAACAGACACAGGAUGAGGCAGAGGAUGAUUGAAGACUACAACAAAGCAGCCAACAUGAUGAAGUCUAUGCUUCAGGAACUGGAUGCCAACCUCAUUUCCAACGACAACUUUAUUCAUGAACAAAAUGGAAAAAUGGCAGAAAGAGACAAAAUCAUCCAGAACAACAAGACAGAGAUCGAACGCUUGGAAAAGAAAAACAAGAUGCAAGAACAUAAGAUUGACAUCCUGCAGAAAACAACUAAAAUCUAUGAGGAUGACAAGCGUUCACUGAAGCACGAGCUGGAAACCAGAGAACAGAGGCUGCAGAGGGAACAGUCUGAGAAGAGACGCAUGGAGCAGCACAUGCACGGCAUGGUCUCAGACACCCAGCACAAAUGGGAGAAGGAAUGUGAGAGGCGCGUUAACGCGAUGCAGCUUGAGAUGCAAAACAAGCUCUGGGUGAAAGACGAAAAGCUGAAGCAGCUCAAGGCCAUCGUGACGGAGAGCAAGACUCCAGGACGUCCAGGACGUCCCGAUCCUCCACCGCGUCAGACGCAGACGCAGCCUCAGCGGCCUUCCAGGGAGGAACGCCUCCCAGCAAAGAGAUCUGCCUCCCCGUCACCGCUCCCUGUAUGUUGUUCAUAA